AUGAAAAUCGACAAUAACACGUUCUCAAUCCCAAAACGAAUAGAAGUAGCAACAGAACAUUCUCUCAUAGAGAGUACACCGCUCACCACCCUGGAAAUAGCAUGGAACAAACUAUCUGACCAUUAUACAGCCAAGGCAGAGCAGGAAUGCACACAAACAAUGCAGGACAAGCAAUUCUACAACUAUGUAUUGAACGGGAAAGUGGAGAUAGAAACUGCGCUCGUGAAUUACGACCUGAUACGGCAGAAGGUGCUGUCACUGCGCGAACGAGGCGAUAGUGGCGAUGAUAACGGUGCUGUUAUAAACUUUAAGGACUACUGUGUGCGUGAGUGUAUAAAUACGCUCAAAUACCAGCUAGAAACACUGCGAGCUGCGAUUGAAGAGCGGCGCAAUGAAGAAAAGGUGUUGCAGCUGUUCACGACCUUCAAAAUAAAAAUAGAGAACCAUCGUAUACUCGUCAAACUCACAGAUAAGAACGUCAUAGAUAUUACGAACAAGUUAAAAAAUGAUGGAUGCGAUAAUUUCCGGUUUAUUCUGCGCUCGCUUGGUAUUUCCAAUAAAAUUGUUAUUUCGUGCGAUUACGAGAGAAUGCACUUUGAGAUGGUGCACGACUUAAAGGAUCUCAGCGAAAUUAGGAAGGCGCUGGAGAUAGCGGAUAAAAACAUUACGGCGGGCAAGUUGAGUAUCGUAGUAGAGAGCGAAGAAGAGCACAAAAAGAGACUUAAAUCGAAGAAAAGUAGCUGUGGAGAUAAUGUGAAGGCCACGCAUGCAAGAAUUGAUGAGAACGAGGCCUUAGCAAAUGAGGAUGGCAGCAAAAUUGGGGAUGAGUCUUCCAUAGAGAAGGCAUCAGAAUCACAACUCUUGGGUGAACCAUCCAAGGAUGAGGUUGCAGAUCCACAAAAUAACAAAACAGCGAAAAAUACUGCGAACAACGAAAAAGAAACGCGUAAAGAGUCGUUCGGAUCGAGUGAUAUAAAUAUACCCGCUAAUUCACGUAUAAGCAGCAACAGGUUCAACCACCUAAUAUGUAAUUUUAUAUACAAGGCACUCAUCCACAACACAGAACCAUCCUACAUUGUUGAGAGGGUGUUUAUUCUGCUCUCAUAUUACAUUGCUGUGAAUUUCUACGAAAGUAACAAAUUUGUAAGAAUUACGCAUGUAAGCGGAAAUACACAGGUCAUGUUUUUCAUACGAAACAAGGACAAGCUAAGAAUAGAAAUAAAGGAUCAGAAGGAGAUAAAAGUAUUUUAUAAUGAAGGACGGGUGAUUAUGUGGUAG